AUGGGCACGGCGGGCGUCUCCAGGCGCGCCCUCCUGUGGGUCUGGCUGGCCUCCCUCUACAGCCAGCUGGCCGAAGCCGACCUCCGCUCCGACAUCCAGGCCCUGUCGGAAGUCACCAUCUCCCGGGUGCAGCAGUUCCCGGAGCUGAGCCUGAGGAUCCGCGGCCUGGAGUUCGUCCCGGAGCAGCCGCCCGCGGCCCGCCUGGCGGCCAUCGACGGGGCCCUGGCGCGCUUCCAGCAGGUCCUGGCGCGGCUGCUGCCCCGGGAGCCGGCGGCGGCCCAAGUCGCCAACGACGUGGAGAACCUGCGCAGCCUGGUGGGGCGGCUGGCCGCCCAGCUGGGCUGCGCCCUCGACGGCCCCUCCGCGCAGGCAGACCUGGGCCAGCUGCAGGCCCGCCUGGACGACUCCGCCUUCACCGUCGUCUCCGUGACCUUCCACCGCCUGCGGGAGCUCCUGCGCUUCCUCCAAGGCCACCUGGACCAAGUCCGGAGCUGCUAG